AUGAAUCGCACAGACCUGGACGUCGCGAAGGUGCAGACCGUUGAGGCCGAUCAACCACUUGAACGGCAGGUGGAGGACAGCACUGCAAGACAGGACCUGCAGAAGGAGCCAAGAGCGGAGGAAACUGCCACAAAGCGUUCGCAGGAGCCACCUGCGGAGAAAACCGCCGCAGCACCCAAGGAGUUCCAAGAGCAGAGCACCCAAGGAGUUGCUGCAGCACCCAAGGAGUUGCAGGAGCAGUUGCAAGCUGCCGCGAAGGCACCAAGCUUCCGAGCUGAACACUGGCCACGGGUUCCUCCGCCCAGGCCUCCGCCAGAGCCCAAGAAGCCUUCACCAGGAGUUGUUCCUCUCCACGUCCGUUUGCGGCGACGCUGGUGGAUCACCUCCGAGGCCUUCGUGGAGAUGCUGGGCAAAAUGCGAAACCAAUCUGUGAAGGGCCAGAUGUACAUGGAGGGCCUUUGGAGCCUGAUUCAGGAUCCGCCCAAGGGCCAGAAGCCCUUCACGGGCGGCGACCACCUGACGUUCGACGACUUUGCGGCCGCCUUGCUCUACGACACCCAGGAUGCCUUGCAGCCAAAACCGGGUUUGCUGGCACAGGACACGCAAAGCUUGGCCAAAAUCCUGCAGCGGUUAGAGGGCUUCGUCACCAGUGAAACCCAUACCUUGGAUCCAGAGCACGACUGGAGCCUCAAACCAGAGGUCUUUGGCAAGGCUUGCUGGGACGCCGUUGCUGCUGCGCAGGUGGCCUUCCCCGGGAAGGUUCGCGCCAGCAACAAGUAUCCCAUGGGUGGCUUCUCUGGGCAGAGGCAUCUCCUCUUCGUGGGCUUGCCAUUGGCACUCUACUGCAGUGACUGCCCGCAUUUGUAUCAAGUCUUGCAACGCAUGCGGGGCCUGGCCUCCUUGGAUGAGGGCGCGCCCACCGCUGAGACCCUUCGGCAAAAGUUGGACCACGAUGGACGCCCCUACUCCGUCUUGGUCUAUGCCUUGAUGGCGGCAUGGCAGGCCCUGUUUGUGGUGCGCCACUGUGGCAUUAGUCUAGAGCCUUUGGCACCCAAGGGAGGCGCUUUGAUCUUUCGGGGCCUUUGGGUGCCUGAGGAGGUGGACGAGCAUUGGGCAGAACACACAUGGUCCUUCAACUCCUUCUCGCGCAGUGUGGAGGGCGUCUUGUCGGUGCUCGGUUUCUAUGGCAAUGCCACCGGGAGCGCGGCAGAGGCGCUGGCCAUGAAGGACGCCCACAUUCUGAUCCUCGUCGCGCGCUUCCAGAGCGAAGCAGGUGGUGGUCGCUGGGCGCUCCCCGUGCAGCUGUUCGGCGGCGGGGAGAAUGCCUUCCCAGCCAGCAUCGAGCAGGAGGUCUUAGUGCCUCCCUUCUGCAAAUACCACUUCCUCCCACAGCUGCAGGUGUGCAGUACAGAUGAUCUUGCAGAGCGUCAAAAAAGGAUCCAACUUCUAGAGCAACGCUGGUCUUUGUCGCUGGAGCAGGCGGCGGAGCGUCGCUUGAGAACGUGUCUUGAGCAGAUAGGCUUGGCGCUUUUUCUUUCGCCCAUGGCGAGCUGGAGUGCGGUGAAGGCAGAUGGCCCAGUGCCUGAGGGCGACCAUGUUGGUGUUUGGCCCCUGGACGAGCACAAUGUCCGGCUGUUGGAUGCCGUUCACCCGAAGGACUGGGCGCCACCCGAGCGCCCUGAGACCUUUGUCUAUGAUUUGAUCGCCUUGGGUGCCGGCGCAGGUGGCCUGGUCUCGGCCAAGCAGUCCGCACGACGCGGUGCCAAGAGUGCGCUGAUCGAAAUGCACCUGGCUGGUGGGGACUGCUUGAACGUGGGCUGUGUCCCUUCCAAAGCCCUGCUUCGCUGCGCACGCGCUGUGGCCGAAGUGCGGCGCAGCAGCGAGCUGGGGAUGGCAGGCACCAGUGCUGCGGUGCACUUCGAGCGCGUGAUGGAGCGCAUGCGACGCUUGAGGGCCGACAUUGCCCCGGUGGACGCGCACACGACCUCUCGAGACGUGGGCGUGGAUGUUUACAUGGGCAAAGCCUGCUUUACUGGGAAGAAUGAGCUGAAGGUGGGUGAACGAACCUUGCGCUUCCGCAAAGCGGUCAUUGCCACUGGUGGGCGUGCACGGGUACCACCUAUCUCUGGCUUGGACUCCGUGCCCUACUUGACGAACGCCAGCUUAUUCAACCUCACGAAGCUCCCUCCACGCUUGGUGAUUCUGGGUGCUGGGCCCAUUUCCUUGGAGAUGGCACAGGCCUUUGGCCGCUUCGGCAGCCGGGUCACCGUCCUGGAGGUCGCGCCCGAGAUCUUGGGCGCCGAGGAUGCGGAUGCCAAGGCCUUACUGCAGCAGGUCUUGGAGGAGGAAGGAAUCGAGAUCCGCACGAAUUGCAUGGUGACGUCGGUGGCGCAUAAGCCGGCAGCUGCAGAAGGGGAGUGGCCGGAAAUUCAGCUCCAACUGGCCGAUGCCUCCGUGCACUGCGAGGCCUUCCUGGUGGCCGCCGGGCGCGUGCCCAAUGUGGAGGGCCUAGGGCUCGAGGCAGCGGGGGUGGACUGCGCAGCCAGUGGGGUGAAGGUGAAUGAUGACUUGACCACUACGAAUCCAGACAUUCUGGCAGUGGGCGAUGUGAUCGAACGCGUGGACACCCGAUUCACGCACAUGUCUGGCACAAUGGCUGGAAUGGCGGUGCAAAAUGCCUUGUUUCCGGGGCAAGGUUUGCCCGUGAAUGCGCCCUCCGGCAAGCUCUCAGAGAUAGUGGUACCACGCUGCACCUACACCGAACCAGAAAUCGCUUCUUGUGGUGUGUCCAAUGAGAAGCUCGCAAGCCGCCAGAACCUUGAAGUCGAUGUCUUCAAGGCCAGCAUUGAGCACAACGACCGUGCCAUCCUAGAAGGAUCCCGACGAGGAUAUGUGAAGAUCUUGUGCCGCAAGGGCACCGAGGAGAUCAUCGGAGCGACCAUCGUGGCGGAACAUGCGGGGGAGAUGUUGGCGGAGAUCACCUUGGCCAUCCAACAUCGACUCGGGCUCUCCCAGAUCGCGCACACGGUGCAUCCCUACCCCACGUUGGGUGAAGCUGUGCAGCAAUGCGCCUUGAACUACAACCGCGCGCGCUGGGCCAAGAUGCAAACCAAGGCAGGGUACAGCUAGCAGCAGCCAGGCAGGGUACGCGCUCAUUCAACCCCCUGCAUCAGCCAGGGUGCCGCUGGGAUCAGGAGGACAUGGGCCUUCCGCACUGUCACUUGUGGACAGCUUGCUGCGGAUGAACAGAGUAUAUCUUUCUUCCUACAUCUCCAGGUUGGCUGGAGGAGGAAAGAUGCCAAAGCAAUGCACGAUUUUCACGCGCUCGCCAACGGCGCACAGACAUGGGCGAGGGCGCUUGGCUAUUUCGUCCGUGAACUUCACAGCGUUUGCCGACGCAGAAA